UUCAUCUCUAUACAUCCCUUCUUCUUCCCAGGGAGAGGAAGAAUUGGUGUUGGUUUGUACUUUUACCUUUUGCUUCAUUAUCUCUUCUUCAACAAAGCACUAAAAACAUUCAAUUCAGAGUUUCAGAUUGCAGAGAGAGCUUAUAUAAUUCAGUGGUCAAUUUCAAGCAGAAGAAAAUGGGUGAUAACUCAGUGGAUUGGAUGAGCGUACUAAAAGCAGUAUCAGAUAAUGAGUUAUAUAUGAACAUACUCUUCGGGGACAUGAAAGACGAAACCCCUCAAGAAAUGGAAGGAGCCACUAUGAUAAACCAAGCUGCAAACCCUGAAGAAAUGGUACAAGAUCAGGAAACCAACCUAACCUUAGCUGCACCAUUACAAAACCUCCAAGUCCCAGAAUUUGGGCCUUCUUCGUCUUCAUCAAUAGUGUUCCAAGAAUCCACCACUACUGUCCAGAACAAGAUUAUCAAUGGAGGAUCCCUCUUGAACCCAUUAGGCUUCCCUUAUCAGCCAGCACUGGUGCAGCCACCGUCUUCAGCCACCGUGGAAUUAGAGAACGGUGGCCAGAGCUCAUCCUCACUAGGACUGCCUCAAAACACUCAUGGUGGUGAGAAGAAAUUGAUUGUUUAUAGGAAAAGGGGAAGGAAGAAAGAGGAAGAAGCUGGCGAGGCUGAUGAUGCUGAACAGAGGAAGGAAUUAACUAGGAUUAAGAACAGAAUCACUGCUGCAAGAUCUCGAGCUAAGAAACAGAUGGAAGAGGACAUGGAAACGAAGAAACAGGACAUGGCCGAGAAGGCUGCAUUGAAGAGGACCUCAAGUUCUGGAAUUUGACAUCCAAAAAUCACAAUGGACUCAUCUUGUUUAAUCACCAAGUUACAGGGUGAAUGCUGUUAAUUUCAAGACAUUCAGCUUAGACUUGUUAGUCAGGUCAAGACAUUAUAAUUAUAUUGUAUCAAAGUUUUAAUAAAAAAAUUCGUAGUUU